UAUAUCAUUUGUGUUUAUUUUUAAAAAAUCCUUGUUCAUCAAUAUAUAUAUAUAUAUAUGUAUAUGUAAGAAGAUCAGCUACAAAAUACAGACUGAAUCACACCAUUGAUGAAAUAACUAUUAAAUAAAUACUUUUUCAAAUGGUGUCAAUCCGUUUGCUGAACUUCCCUGAAUUAACAUAUACAUAUGUACCAGCAGUUGUUCUGAAAAAGAAAUUAGAAGUCUGAAGAAAAUACUUGCAGUGAUAUCUGUGGCAUAAAACCUAAACUGCUAACGGGAAAGGUGUUGUAGCUAGAGUCCUCUGGUGACAAAUACCAGAGUUACAGAUCCAAACUUGCUUUGCGUAUUCGACUUAAGUUUAUCUUUUAGGACAUCAUUUGCCGCCAAAACCAGCAAGAUGAUUAUACCAAUUAAAAGAGACGGCGAACUUGAAGAAUGGGCAAUCGUUGAAUUACAAGGCGAUUUAAAAUUCGAUUCUGCAAAUACUACAAAUAAAUAUAUCGCAGAUCUUCACUUUACAAAUUCUGGUACACCAAUAUUAAUAAUUGGUAUUCACGUAUUACACGGAAAAGAAGUUGCGCUUCCAAAACCAUUUGCUGUUUUAGAAAAAAAAGCUAAUGGAACCAGUAUAGAGACAGAUGAAUCUGAAGUAAAAACUGAGUAUAUUGUAAAGGCCAUUGUGAAAAAGAAAUUAAUUUUUAGAUCAAGACCAAAACCUAUUAUAACUAAUGUUCCAAAACGUAUUUAAAUCUGAUUCAAGUAUAGCAUCAACAAAACAAAUCUUAACAAAUUUAGAAAAGCAUUGUACUUUUAUUUCAUUGUCAUCUUAACUUAAGAAUAAAAUAUGUUAACUUAAAUUGAA